GUCAAAUCACUGGUGUGGCCUAUUUCUUUGCCGGUUUUUGUUUUUGUUUCGCGUUUGUUCCCACGACCAACCACCACCAAGCAAGCAACAAGCAAGAUGAAGGUUGCUGUUGUUCUUGCUGCGCUCGCCCUCCUGGGCUGCACUGCGCUUGCCUCCGCACAGCAAAAGUGCAAGAUGCCGCAGCAAUGGGAGGCUCGCUCCACCCGAUUCGAUCCAAACCGCCGCCCGUACCACCAGCACUCCAGCGAGUACCGCACCUGGGGCCGUUAUGCCUACGAUGGUGUGAACAAGCGCAAGUGGAUGCUGGAUAUGGUUGUGCGCGGCGACAUUGACCACAAGCGCUUCAUGGUUCUCGAGCUCUACGAAGAGCAGGAGGCGUACGUCACCGACCUGGACACGCAGGAGUGCCGCGUGUACAACCUCACCAUCCCCUUCCACCGCCACGACAUCAACGAUGAUGCCGAGUUUAUCGGAUACGAGAUCCUCGGCUCUGGCGAGGACUCCAUCCAGCUCUCCCAGUGGUUCACUCCCAACGCCACGUACCAUGGCGAGCGCAGCACCGACUACCAGACCUUCACCAUGGACUGCGUCCCCGUCCGCGACGACCACUAUGCCGCCGCCACGGGCUUCCACUAUGAGGAGUUCUCGGAUGUCACCAUUGGCAUCAGCGACCCCAACGUCUUCAUCCCCAACCCGGCCUGCAAGAUUGAGUGGUAAACGCAGCAUUGUUGCUGCUGGUGUUCCACAGCAUCCACACGACGCUGCUUUCCUUCAACGCGCCCGGGCUGCUUUCCUUCCUUUCCUCUCCCCUUUGCCGCUGCGUGUGCUUGUCGUGCGUGUGUUCGCCCUGAUUGUUUGUGUCUGCUUCUCCAGUGCACCUUUCAACCACCAAUACAACCACCAACACAACCACCAACACAACCACCACUGUAACCUCUUCUUCCUUCUUCCACACAAGCUGUGGUGAAUUAUCACGAAUAUCUCCAA